AUGUCAGAACCCUCUACUUCUACAGAACCCAAGCGUAUCAUUCGAAAGAGGGUGACCGGUGUGUCAAAGGUCUCUACGAAAACAGAACAAAACCCCCCUCCCGAUCCCGCUCCUCGAACCACUCGAAGUAGUCUCAAUAAGAGAAAACUGGACGAACAACCUGUGAUAGCACCAGAAAACCCAACAAAUGAACGCGGAAGUCGUAUUCGCACCAUGUUGGAUAAUUUAGGCGUCAAAGUGCCCAAAUAUGCACGGAGGAAUCGACUGCUUGAUUUGCUUUCUCGUCAUGUGGUAAAGAAAACGCGGCGAAGGCCUGGAGAAGAAAAUUUAGUGGCGGAUAUUCUUAGACCUCGAAAUGGCACCCGUCAAGUUAGCCCAGAAACCCUCCCAGAACUCUCACUUCAAUCCAGUACGGUGCAUGAAAUCGAGCUUCCAUCCAGUCCCGACGACAAAGAUGACCUUCCGCUGUUCAGUACAUCCAACAAAGUGAAUUAUGCACAUUACACGGAUUCUGAACUUGUCGCCAUGAUACUUCAGGUGGGAUUGGAAGCCGAUGGUUGGGAUCGAAAGAGACUGAUUGCCACAUGUCGGACAUACGAUGAUCUAAUAAUUGUUCCGGAAAACAAUGACCAUAUGGACACGACGAAGAAAACUUUGGAUGGUGGUAUGGUUCCACCUGGUCAUGAUCACAUUUGUUCUCAAUGCCAUGCUCAUCUAUUCGAAUUUAUCUCCUAUUUCCCAGAUACGGAUUUGAAUGAUGCGAACAUGAACAAGGCGGGACCUUCAUCAACCGUCGCUUUCAACAACCAGGAUGAAUCAGAUACAAUCUCCAUCUCACCCGAGCAACAGGAUAUCAGGGAAACUACGGAAGCUUCCGAAUCAGGCAAAACAGUAGAAACAGAAAUCAAGUCAUCAUCUACUAACCAGCCGAUUAUCAAGAAGAAGUCGCGCGCUCAUACUUGUCGGCGUCCAAAUCCAGCAACCAAACAGCCUCCGCUAUCGAGGAAAGACAAAGGAAAGGCAAAAUCAAAUGAUCAAGAUGAUGUUAGCCUGAAUGAAAAUAGUGCGUUCACAGAUGCAGCCGAUACAUUUGAUAAAGGACUCUCUGGAAGAUCAUCGCCCGCAAGGCAAAUCCGUCAACACAAUUCAUCCGAGCCCUACAAAUCCGACUCUGAAAUCGAAUUUCCGACUACAAAAUCCUCAGAAAAACACUCUGAAGUCGAAAUCUCAAGGCCCAAAACUUCAGAAAAACGUGCAAGAUCACAGAGUCAACGGUCCGACGCUGCUGAUGAGAACCCGCAGACGACCGAGAAGAAAAACGAGAGCUGGAUCAUUCAAGCCAUCUACAAAAUACAAGAUCGUCUCUCCAGGACUGAAAAAAGACAGGAUGACAUUUUCAGCGAGAUCAAGAUGCUCUCCGAUGUUGUGCAUAAAGGUGUUUCUAGAAGUCCUCACUCCAGCCCCGAAAAAAAGACACGUGGCGGACAGACAGCUGCUCGCCUCCGUUUCCAUGUGGAGACGAUGUUUGGACUAACGGAUGGUCAGAAGACACUUCCAAGCGGGCCCACCUCAUCCGAGAAAGACUCUUGGAUGUGUGAAAUCAAUCCAAGCGGCCUUCGAUUGGACGCAUCUCUGUACCAGAACGAGAAUUGGGAGCAAGAACGUCGAAAAAAAACUUCGGAUGAGACUCGGAGAGGUGCAAGACUUAGAUAUUUGCGACAAUUACGCGAGACCUAUUUGUUGGCGAAUCAACUAUACUGCGAUAAACUUACAAACAUACAUCUGACGGGUAUUGUGCUGGGGUCUCACUGCAAGUAA